AUACUAAUUUUUCGACUAUAAAACCUUUUCGAAUGCUAGACUCGAGCAUCAGUUUGCUUGCAACGCUUCCACUGAACAUCAGAAGCCAAAGCAUUUCUUCGUUAAAAAUGAAGUUCUCAAUCGCCAUCUUCGCCAUGGUCAUGGCCAUCGUUGCCACCGAAGCCUCCCCUGUCGUUCCGUACACUGCAGGUGUUGUUGCAUAUGAUAACGCAUGGCCAGUGGCCACCACCAGCGCUGCCUGGUCACCUUAUGUAUUGAACGCCAACUCGCACUACGGAUAUGGUGGCUGGCCGGUAUAUGGAAAGAGCUACGGAUACUCGAAUGCAUGGGCCCCGGCAGUGGUUUCCACCAAGGUUGUUGAUGGCGGACUGUGGAACUACGGAUCGUAUGGACAUGGUUACGGUCUGGGAUAUUCCAAGUACUGGUAAAUGUAGAUAACGAUUGUUAUUAAAUGUGGAUGUUGGAUCUGGUAAAACGUACUUCAUGACGUGAAUCUGUUGAAUGAAAUAAAUGAACAAUUGGAGCAAAACUA